GCCAGGCAGGUGCAAGCUUUUUCUUGUCGACGGAGCAAACUUUUCUGUUUAUUUGUCGCUUCAAUUUUUUAGUUCAGGAAUGAUCUACAUCAUCUAUUAGACAACUUUAGAUUUCUCUGUCUCUGCGAACGCGAUCAGCCAUCUGUGAAAAAUAUUUUUUACUUGUGUUUUGUCUUUCGGGGUGUCACCAGUGUCCUAUUUCGAAUUCCAAAUGCCCGAGUCCACCAUCGCCCAGCAUCACCCUGGAGGGCCUGCUCAAGCCCCACUGCAGGACCUGAUGCCGGCCUCGAUGAAGUCCAAGCGGGAAAUGCCGUUUUCUUCGCUACCGUUCGACUUGGAGGAAGCGGUAAAAAAUCUCGGAUACGACCCGACGCCACCGGUAGGUGCGGCCAUGAUGAACUUCUUCGAUAGUAGAACUAGUGCUAGUUCUAGUGCUGGUGCUACUGCUGCGGCUAAUAAAAGUAGUGCGGCGAAGGCGAGUAAGAAGAAGUGUGAUAGUACAAAUGAAAAUACACCAAAGUCCGGUGUGUUUCUCGAGAUCACUUCCGGGGACGCGUUGUGGACUUAUGCCGUGGACUACAUUUCCAAGCAUUUGGAGUACAAUUCCGAAAAGCACAAAACUAACUCGCUCCGCGCGCAACCCGACCACUUUCGCAAGGGGCCGGACACUAUGUUCGACGAGGUUUCCCUGUUCUUCUCCGGCCGGUCCGGUCUCGGCGCGGGCAGUCGGGUAUCCCACAGAAAAAAGGUGGCAGAAUAUAUUUGUAAUGCAAAAAUAAAUACACAAAAAAACCUGUCAUGGGCGGCCUCAUAGCAUGCUAUUUCGGAUAUGCAAUACAAAUUUUUUUGUCAAUUUAUUUUUGCAUUACAAAUAUGACCUGCCAGCUUUUUUCUGUGUGAUAUCGGGGCAUGAAAAGCUCGGGGAAGACGACGGGGAGUGGCGGAGCGAAAAAGAAAAAGGUAAAAGACGAACCGAAACUGUAUGACCUGCUCACACGUUACAAUCUCAAGCGUUGCAAUAGAUUCAUCUGGGAUUUGUCUUGUUACAAUAGAUUCUUGUCUUGCAUAAUGAGCAUGACAGACUCGCAGACCAUUCCACUUUCUGUAACACAAGUUUCGGCAUAUUGUAGUGCGGUUUGGGACUUCGGAACUUGUCAUGCGCAGUCCUAUGAGACUUGGCUAGGUCAUGCACUUCUUGCAUCACAGAUUUCCAAACUCUAUUGUAACGUUUGAGAUUGUAACGUUUGAGCAGGUCAUGAACUGCCGCACCCGAAGUUGGGCCUGGGAUGGCACUCUUUCAGUUUCGAGUACAAACUGAGCAGGCCGAAUAGUUGCAAAGAAGAAAAUAAAGGCACAACUAGAGAUAAUGUCGCUCAUCUGGAGCAGGAUCAUGCGAAAGAAAAGGAUAAGCCUGUGGAACCGCCAGCGCUAAAAAAGCAAAAAGCCGACGAAAAGGAGAAGGGGACGCAAGAUGCGGCAGAAGAAAAGGAAGUGACCAGCUCAAUAAGGGUACAGGUUUGGCACGUAAAUUUUCUGGCGGUUGUUGCUGAUGUGUCCAAUAUCACAUUCUAUACCUACAGCUUGCUUCUGCUCGAUAUUACUGAGUGCAGCUGGUCUACUCAAAGUCAAACGAUAGAUGGUCAGCAUCAAAAAUAGAAUUACCUUCCUCCUCCGCAGGUCCCCAUCACUUUGGUCCAGCAGCGCAUCGGCGAGCCGGUUGCGAGUGAGCGCGGCACUCCGGCGGUGCUGAAAAACAUUGUCCUCUUCUGCGAACGGACGGCGAACACGGACAGGUUAAAAGCCAGUAUAGAGCAGCUCGAAGAGGAGGAGAAAAGGAAACAGCAGGAGUUAUCUGCAUCCCACGGCGGUGCGCCGCUGAUGGACCAGAGUCUGAGUGCCCUUGCCAGGACGAAAAAGCAAGAGGACAGAAUCAAGGAGAACACCUGCUCCGCCAGCUUCGCCUUGUUGUACCUGUGCAAGUUGUUUUUGUCCGAUUCCCAAGAGAAAAAGGAGAACCAAGUUUCUAUGUGGCGAUUUGACCUGAACGCGCGCUACUGGAUUCCGUUGGCGCGGCGGUGGGCCCGGAGUAUGGACUCAGUAGUGGUAGAGGAGAAGAUGAAGAAACUGCUGCUUGAUGAUCUCAGCUGGUUUGAAAGGGAUGAAACGCGGGCGUUUUAUAAGGAGCACGGGAUCCCUUACCACAGGUGCUGCCGAUGAUUGAAUUAACACAUCAAACCAUGGUGAUCAUCGUAUAACUAUACCGAAGCAUGAUUGGUGGAUGGUCUUUCUUUAUUUCCCCUCGACCGAACCAAUCGCUUGAUCAUCGUGAUCCAUUUAUCAUUCGUAUUAACGUUACUUAUUUUGAUUUCAACAAAUUGUUAGGUGUUACCUCCUCCACGGCCCGCCCGGUGCGGGGAAAAUAUCCACAGUAAAUUUCCGGUACACGUACAAAUGCAGUCUCUCCAUGACAAAACUUGCCUUCAAUCCUAGUCUAGCAUGACAGGUUGGACACUGCAAGUUAGCGAAAUUUGUCAUGCAUUUUGUACAUGUACGGGAAAUUUACAUUGCAUAGAAAACCUCUCUGAUCUACGCGUUGGCCGGUUUUCUGGAGCGCAAUCUGGCGUUUCUUCAGGUGUCGCCCCAGAUGACGGACGAUACGUUCCGGAUGGCGAUGGAAGGUCUGCUAUGACCUGCAAAAGUAUCGUACUAGUAGUAAUUGCAAUUUACAAAUUUCCUCAGCAUGUGAAAUGGAAUUUGACCACUUUUUUUGGCUAUUAUAGGCCGCGUGAUCGUAUGAAGUCGGCCACUGAUAUCUGCUUGGCGCAGAGGGAACAGUGGACGCCAAUGAAAUCUGUUGAAGUUGAGGUACUACUAUCUGACGGAAUUCGUAGGGUAGAUCAUAGGGUCGUGAAUGAUAAGGGAAAAAAUCGGUCAUCGUUUUACGUUUACAGGUCGGUGUAAGAUACAGAUACACUCACAUGACCCUCUUCUGCGAUGCGUUACUUUCGUCAUUUCCUGCGAUUGGUUGUAAGUUGUGUGACAUGUUUUUGUAUGGAUAAGCAGGCACCAAAUAAAGAGAAAGGAAAAGAAUAGGAUGCAAGCACCUCCUCAUCGAUGAGGAGGUGCAUCCUUGAAGAUGACUCAUUCUCCAAAAACAAGUAGCAGUACUAUAUUUUUUUUUUCGGGGAUAAGAUAUUGCAUACUCCAAAUACUCGGGCUUGACUCUGUCUCAUAUGCAUGAAGGCCCACAGCCACAGGCAGUAGACUGGACUUGGUAGAAAGCAUGAUGAUUGGGUUGCCUACAUUCAUUGACCCUAUGGGGGGACAGCGGAUGCGCCUCGAUUGCCGAGUAAAAAAGGGGUCUUCGUGCAGCUGCCAGACGCUCAUAGAGGGCAAUGACAUGUAGUUUUUAUUUGAAGCGCUUGAGUCGCCGGCCGCGCGGACACCUGUGCUAUUGAUUUGCAUUACAACUCCAAUCAGCAUGCGACUUUUGUAAGGGCAAGAGACACUGGAAGAGGGCAAGUCAGGGUACCGACGAGGAGACCAGACAAGACCAACAACCGGCGCGGAUAUAUAGAACAUCGCUGCGCUUUGCAGAGUUUGCGAAUUGCUCUACCAAGAUAGUGCGGUAGUGCGGGGGCUCUUGCAUAGUCUUUGUAGGCCUGGCUGCCAGGCCCCGGCAGAUCCGGUGCUCUUUCCUAUCGGUGAAUAGAACAAUUCAUAAACAAGAAGCCAAAGCUGCAGUUGUCUUCCAUACGCGGGCGCGUCCUAUGCGGUCGGGUUUGAAAGGUACAGUCCGUGCGUCCGCAACUGCCGCAAGGCAUCGAAUCCGGGGGGUCAAUAGAUUUUUUCUCUAGUUUUCUCUUUCAUUGUAGUGAUGAUGAUUCCGUAGCCUGGCUAGCCCGUCUAAAAAGGGCCGCGAUCCGCCCCUCUUUGCAAAAAAAAAAAAAAAAAAAAAAAAUUUGUAAUGCUGAUUGACCUCAGGACGAAGAUUUGUAAUCCAUAACAGCAAUUAGAAUACAGUACGAGUGCGUUGCUUUUGCAGAGCAUAUCUGCCCUUGUCCGCGAUGCUCGUGAUGGAGGACGUAGACUCGAUGUUCACGCAUAUUGUGAUGAAAAAUCCCCCUCCCCAACAUAUCGAAAAGGUAUGUUUCCGAAAAUUUGAGUUGCUGAUUUGUGGCCACAAAUCACAUUCGUCUUGCAAGAAGGCAGCAGCAGAAGCUUCCGCCCCAUUAUGGAGCCGAUCUGUCACGCUGUCGGGCCUAAAGGGCAGCCGUUUGCAAUGCUGAGCAACUAGACCCAAACGCCCCGACCUAGACUGGGGAUCGAUCUGGCCCCAGUGCCUUCCUGCAAUACAAAGCUGAUUCGCGUACACAGAUCCAGCGUCGGACUCGGAAGCUUCGUUUCGAUAUGGGGACGAGGGGGGAUUUUUCCUUUCGAUAACGCACGACCGCGAAGCGAGUAACUCCAACCAGAAGUCCGCCCUGUCCUUCUCUGGCUUUUUGAACACGCUGGACGGUCUCGCGGCGCCGGACAACCUGAUCACGUUUCUCACGACGAAUCACCCCGAGAAACUCGACCCGGCCGUCCUCAGGCCCGGGCGAAUCGACCUGAAGAUUGAGUUCAAGCCCGCCGGGAAAGAGGUCGCGACGCGGUACUUCAAGACCUUUUACAAGGAAACGGACUUGUCGGACUACCUUGGCGGUGGAGCCGUCGCGGGGGAGGCAGAUGAACGAGAAGCAGCCGCUCUCAACGAAGAAACAGCUACUUCCAAGAGUUCUUCGGCACAACAUCAGGACGAAAUCAAACUGACCGAAGAGGAAAAGAAGCAGAUCCUGGCCGAGAACGCGAAGAUCCAAUCCGCAGCGGAGAAGUUUGGGAAUGAGGUCGGCGGACGGUUAGGGACGAACAAACUGUCGAUGGCACAGCUGCAGCACUUCUUCCUGCAGUGUCACCGGCUGGAGAAAGACGCGGAAGCCGCUGCGAACUGGGUUUCGGAGUUUCGGUUUGAAGAUUCCGCAAACGUCGGAAGUACUGCAGGGACCAGGGGAAACGGGAUGUAUUGCUAAUCAAUAGCAAUAGCUGGUGGUGCAAAUAGAAGGCAGCAAGAAGCUCCCGUACUGGCACAGUAACAGUACUCGACGUCCUGUCAUCUCGCGUGAUAAACAUCUUCAACAUGAUUUUUGGAAAGCUGUAAAAAAGUAGAUCGCUGUCCCAUUUCUUUUUCUCCAUUAGACGAUCGAACUCAACCUCCAACUUCAACGACAAGAAGGCACUGAGAAGCAAGGAAGUACAACUUGAGUAAGCGUCGAAAGCAGCUGAGUGACAGUCUGUAUCUGUAUCUACUCCGUGAGGUGC